CCGCGCGCCGCUGGCGUCCCAACAUGGCGGCGGCGGGCGGCAGCGGGCGGCUGGCGCUGCUGGCCCUGCUGCUGGCGGCGGCGGCGGCGGCGCGGCUCUACCGGGCGGGGGAGGACCCGCUGACCGUGCUGGCGGCCGGCUCGGUGCGGCAGGCGCUGCUCAACUCCUCGGCCGCCUGGGUGGUGCAGUUCUACAGCUCGUCCUGCGGCCACUGCAUCGCCUUCGCCCCCACCUGGCGGGCCCUGGCGGGGGACGUCAAAGACUGGGAAUCUGCAAUUAGAGUUGGUGUGCUGGAUUGUGGGGAAGAGGAGAACUAUGAGACGUGCAAAGAAUAUGGUAUUCACUAUUACCCAACUUUUAGGUACUUCAAAGCAUUUACAAAGCAGUUUACUACUGGAGAAAAUUACAAAGCAGGAGCAGAUCGAGAGCUGCAAACAGUUCGUCAGAUGAUGAUUGACUUCUUACAGAACCAUUCCCAAGAGUUGAGACCGCCUGCUUGCCCACCAUUGGAUCCAGUUUCGUCCAGUGAUAUUACUUCUCUUUUUGACAAGAACAGCCAUCAUUAUACUGCCAUUGUGUUUGAAAGUAAUAACUCUUACGUUGGACGAGAGGUUAUCUUAGACUUGAUCCAGUAUGAAAACAUCAUUGUAAAGAGAGCAUUGAAUUUUGAUAAGCCCUUUCUUGAGAAACUUGGUAUUAGCUCAGUCCCUUCAUGCUAUCUGAUGCAUCCAAAUGGGUCCCAUGGAUUAAUUAACAUUUUGAAGCCUCUACGGUCUUUCUUUUCCUCGUAUUUAAAGUCACUGCCAGGUGUAAGAAAAAAACUUCUUCUGCCGCUUCAGCUACCCGCUCAAGAAAACAAAGAGGAGAGUACAGAAGUCAAGGUGUGGAAAGAGUUCGAUAAAUCUAAGCUGUACAUGGCUGACCUUGAAUCGGGAUUGCAUUACCUGCUCAGGGUAGAGCUUGCUACGCACAAGACACUUGAGGGAGCUGAGCUAAAGACCUUCAAGGAUUUUGUUACUGUCUCUGCCAAGCUUUUUCCUGGCCGUCAGCCUGUGGUAAAGUUGUUAGAGACCUUGCAAGAGUGGCUGGUGAGCCUUCCAUUAGACAAAAUCCCUUAUGAUGCUAUCCUAGAUCUGGUCAACAACAAAAUGCGGAUUUCUGGGAUAUUCCUCACUAAGAAAGUUCAGUGGGUCGGAUGUCAGGGUACAAGACCAGAGCUGAGAGGUUAUACCUGUUCCCUUUGGAAGCUGUUUCAUACCCUAACUGUUCAAGCUGCACUGCAACCAAAAGCUUUGAUAAAUACAGGUCUUGAAGACAGUCCCCAAACAGUACUUCAGAUCAUGCGAAGAUACAUUCAGCACUUUUUUGGGUGCAGGGCUUGUGCUCAGCAUUUUGAAGAAAUGGCUAAAGAGUCCAUGGAUUCCAUUAAAACCUUGGACGAGGCUGUUCUCUGGCUCUGGGAGAAACACAACGUAGUCAACAACAGGCUCGCAGGUGAUUUGACUGAAGAUCCAAAAUUUCCCAAAGUUCAGUGGCCAACUCCAGAUAUUUGUCCUGCAUGUCAUGAAGAAAUUAAAGGAUUACACAGCUGGAAUGAAGCCCAAGUUUUACAGUUCAUGAAGUAUCACUAUAAAAGUGAAAAUAUUCUGUAUAAAUACACUGAAAGCCAGACUGACUCCAGUGAAACUGAACAGGGAGAUACAAGAGACGUGAAAGACAAAAGCCUGCUGAAGAAACCGAGUGGAAACAGAGAGAAUAAGGUCCAGGAUAAAGAAAACAUACUAGAUUCAGAAUCUAAGGUGUUAAAUAAGCUAAUAGCAAAUCACGGACCUGUCAAAGAUAGCGGCAAAGGUGCAGGUGGAUCAGCUAACAUUAAAGAGGCGAAGCAAGCUGUGUCUUUCUUGGGGAUUGGAUUUUCAAACAUAGACAUGAGUCUGUGUGUCAUCCUGUAUGUAGCAUCAUCCUUAUUUUUAAUGAUAAUGUACUUUUUCUUCCGAAUGAGAUCUAAACGGUGGAAAGUGAAGUAUUACCGUCCAUCUGUAUAGAAGUUUAAAUUGGAAACAAAGUUUUCAUUGUACAUGGCUGUUCAGUACCAGAUACAGCUUUAAUAUUUAUGAUCAGGGAUUUUAUAUACAGUAUUCCUUGUUUCAAAACCCAAGUAAUUUCACAAGUGUUCUAGCUUAAUGUAUGGAGCUCACUGUAAGUACCCUAACCUUUAACUGAGGCACACAGUGCUAUCAUAAAAUGUCCACUGAAGGAAGCAUUGCAUUUUUCAGUUAAGAUUUUUCCGUGACUUACCACCUACAUCCUUUACUCAUUUUCAGAGUAAACAUUGCAUUAUGCAAUCAACUGUGCCUGCUUUAGAAGGAAAUUGGAUAUUGUUUUGUGUACUUCCAGUCAGGGUCUUGGGUUUUAUUUUAAUUUAUCUGGAGCUGAUUUUACCUGCCAGAGUACUGAACGGUUAUGCUGUUACCUUGGCUGCUUCAUUUGGGGAAGCAAGAAUUCUGAUAUUUUUUUCAGGAAACAAGAGUUCUAUUCUGAUUAAAUCAAUUCUAAACCUA